UCCCAAAUCAUGCCACCUAGAAUACAAGGGUUAUCACUUUGGGAAGCAAACAGCCCAUUUGUCUCUAUGCUCCUUUUGCGAAAGCCACUGCUUUUGGCAUUGUUUGCAGAAUUUGUGUUGUAGCCCGCUUACCCGGAUUUUAGAAACCUGAGCAGCUACUUGAUGUGUCUUAGCGAUUAAAGGAAUGCUAACUAGCAUAAGCAGAAACUGCAAACCAAGGUUAGUUAUUAGCUAAUGGUGGCGGGGCACCCGGGGGCUUUAUCCAGUUCCUUACCUGAGAAAUAAACAACUUUAAAGUUAUUUCUUUGUGGGAGGGAUUUAAAAUCUUAUAAAGUUUCUGAUUUUUAAUUAUUUUUAGCAUGGAUCUCCUUUGUUUCAUGUUGUCAUUUAUCUUGAAAUUGUAGACUGGACAUAUCAGACAUUGAUAUGGUUCCCAGUCUGUCUUAGAUAGCAAAGAGGCCUUUUAAGAUAUGGAGACACCUACAGGAGACCUCCACAAUGUCAAUACGUUCUUUAGGGACUUUCUGCUGACACCAGGACUGAAAAGCUGACGUUUUAUGGAUUUGCUUAUAGGGAAGAUCAAAAUGACUGUCAAAACAACCAGAAUGUCAUGCAUUGCCCCAAAUGUUUAUACUAAAGUGCCUGAUGGAGGAUGGGGAUGGAUUGUGGCAUUUGCUUUCUUCUUCGUAGAGGCCUUGACAUAUGGCAUUAUCAAGUCCUUUGGGGUCUUCUUUACUGACUUAAUGGAAUGUUUUAAUGAAACCAACUACAGGAUAUCGUGGAUAAUCUCAAUAUGUGUAUUUGUACUUACGUUUACAGCUCCUCUUUCUACAAUUGCAGCUAAUCGUUUUGGUCAUCGUCUGGUGGUAAUGAUUGGAGGGCUACUGGUCUGUGGUGGAAUGGUUGCUGCUUCCUUUGCACGUACACUGGUUGAAAUGUACAUCUCAAUUGGCAUAGUUUCAGGUUUAGGAUACUGCUUUGCCUUUCUUCCAACUGUUACCAUUCUGUCUCAAUACUUUGACAAAAAGCGCUCAUUGGUCACUGCCGUGGCUUCUACAGGAGAAUGCUUUGCUGUUUUUUCUUUUGCACCAGCUAUCACUGCUUCAAAGGAAUACUUUGGUUGGAGAGCCAGCCUCUUGUUUGUUGGUCUACUGCAGCUUGGAAUUACUGCCUGUGGAUUGCUGCUGCGACCCAUCAAAAUCAUAGCAGAAGAAGUGAAGGCAUCACCAGUGGAACAGCAAAGAGAGACAAAGUACAUGCUUGAAAAUGAACAGACACGCACCUCAAUAGACUCCAUUGACUCUGGAGUAGAAAUAACUACCUCACCUCACAACAUACCUAGAGAUGUCAAGUUGGAACUUAAAAGUGAAGAGCCAAAGGAAAACACGGAGAUGUUCAUAGCCAGUAAUGGCAUUCCUACCAAGGAGCCCAAACCAAAACUCCUAGACUUCUCUGUGUUGAAAGACUACAGCUUUAUUUGUUACGCACUUUUUGGUCUAUUUGCUACUUUGGGAUUCUUUGCUCCUUCCCUAUACAUAAUUCCUCUCAGCAUGAGCCUUGGCAUCAGCAAGGAUUGCUCUGCUUACAUCCUUUCCGCCAUGGCCAUUGCUGAGGUCUUUGGUAGAAUCGGCGCUGGUUGGCUGCUCAACAAAAAGCCCAUCAGAAAAAUUUACAUUGAGCUCAUUUGUGUCAUUCUGCUGGACAUUGCCCUUUUUGCCUUCCCUCUCGCCUACAAUUUUUGGGGGCUAAUGAUGUGUAGUAUUUUCUUUGGAUUCAUGCUCGGGACGGUAGCGGGCACACACAUUCCAAUGCUGGCUGAAGACGAUGUCGUCGGCAUUGAGAGGAUGGCAUCUGCUGCCGGGGUCUAUGUAUUUAUUCAAAGCUUAGCAGGGUUGGCUGGACCACCCCUUGCAGGUGUACUAGUGGAUACCACAAAAAAAUACAGUUCUGCAUUCUAUUCCUGUGCUGGUGGAAUGCUGCUGGCUGCUGUAUUCCUUUCAUUGGUGAGACCUUGCAAGAAUUUAACAUGCCAAAGAAAGAAACAAUCAAUACAAGAGAAUGUCUCGGAGUCUCAGGACGAUUUUAUAGAAACUGAUUUUGGGAAAACAGAGGAUUCUGUAAAGGGCUGUGAUAGCAUAGCUUGAAUUUUAACACAUAAUAUUUAGAGAUUGGGGAAAAACAAGUCAGCUCAAGUCUAUCUUUUAAAACUAACACGUUAAAGGGAAUGCAACACAACAAAGGUGAACAUGUUAGCAAUCAUAAAGACUGGUUAAUAUUAUCUAUUAUUUGAAAACACCUGGCAUGUGAAGUUCCAAGAAUUAAUUCAAUGCACACUCCUACUGAGCAUGAAGUUGUGAUUCAAAUGUACUUCUUAAUGGGAAGCAGGCAACACAUCUCAAUUCCAAAUCAUAGUGAAGAAGCAAGAUGUUAGGCGAAAGAAAAAUCAGAUAUGGCUUAUCCAACUAAAAGCUAAAGUUUGCCAUGUUUUUGUUGCCUAGGAGGUUCUGACACCAGAAAUGUCCUUCUCUUAAUUAACAACAGAGGAAUAUGCCACAAAAUAACUAUUCUGAUGAAACCGUCUUGAAAUGUUUCUUGUCAUCAAAUAAGCAUAGCUGCUCUGUGUUUUAAUUUUGGAGAACAGGUAUUACAUUUAUACUUGGAACAGGUAGCCAAUUCUCCUUGUCCUGUGACUUGAAUUGGAAUGCAGCAACAUAUGGGAAGAUGUUAACUCUUGUCACUCCUCACUAGUGAAUUAACGAAUAGCUUUUGUGUGCUUUUUAAAAAAAAAGUUGGUUAAACUCCACAAAUGUUUGGAGGUUACCAGUUCCAUUUUAGGGCCAGUUACUUUAGCUUUUUCAUAACAGUAUUACCUUAAAAUGCAGAUGAAAAUUAUUGCAUAAUCUUAAGUAUGAUUAUUUAUAUGUUGUACUGUUUUCUUCAAGAUACACUACUGAAUGUGCAUAAAUUUGCAGCCUUGGUGAGACUUGCUUUUCAAAUAGAUAUGUUCAAAAUCACAAUAUCAGGCAUAGAAGGAUUCUAAUUCUGAUUGUGCAUGAAUAGGAUUGUACUUUUAAAGACUUAAUGGUACUUGCCUUUUGAUAUUCAGCCAAAUCACUGAUUCUAGCAGUCUUAGUUUUUUUUUAAAGUUAUUUAUUUUUAUUUUGUGAUCAACUUUUAUUUAAAACAAAGCAUAUGCCCCAAACUCUUUCCAAGUCUUCUUGAUGCAUUUCUAGUGUGUAGACUUUUAGGUAUAGAUAAUAGUGCACCUACUUGGUUUUACAGUUAUAAAAGUGUUGCAACAGGUACCUUAUAAAGAAAUGAAACAAAGAUACUGUGUGAUGUUUUGGAGUUCAAAGACUGAAACAACCAGACUGUAGGCUUAGUUAAUAAGACUAAGAUAGUCUGUUCUGAUGUAAUGGAGGCUGUGAUUUAAAUCCAGUAAAACAUUUCAAGCAUGUAUGGAAUUGCAUUAAGAUUGUUUCAGUAUAGAUAGUCCUCAUGACCACAACUGAGCCCAACAUUUCUGUUGCUAGGCAAGACAUUUGUUAGGUGAG